UUCUGCAGAAGAAAUUUUGAUUUUGUUCUCUCGUUGUUGUGUUGUAGUUAUUUUGUCAUGGAAUAUUUAAUUAAUUAAGUUUAUUAGAGGAAAAAAUCAGGCUUUAUAGUCACUGGAUAAGAAGUUAAUGGAUCAACAAGGAAAAGGAAGAGGUCGUGGAGCGCCUGCUCAAAAUGUUUGGGCAAAUCGAGCUGAAGCCCAGUCAAAAAACACGAAUGCCGGUAGGCAACAGAGUACCAGCAAGCAACCUUCCAAAGAAAAUUCACGCUCCACAAGAAAAUUUGAAGAAGCUUGUGCUGAGAUUAAGGCCAAUGUUGACAAGCAUGUAGCCAAGCUCAACGAGGAGCUCGGAGAUUCAAGCUCAGAAGAAGAAGAGACCAAUAAUGACACUGACAUCAUCUCAACAGUCUUCAAUCUAUACGGAAAGAGUGGCACUGAGCUACUGAAAAUAGAGCAAGUCUUGAAAGAUAGCCUUAGAAGUGGAACAUCUGUGUGCCUCAUAUGUAUUGAUUCUGUCAAAAAAUCAGAUUUUAUCUGGUCAUGCACUAAAUGCUACUGUAGUCUCCACUUAACAUGCAUUCAAAGAUGGGCCAAAGAUUCUAUUUAUUUUCAAACUGAAGCGGCAUCAGACCAUUUAGCUCCUGGUCAGCAUGUAGAUCCCAGAAAGUUCAAUUGGUGUUGUCCAAAAUGCAGAGCAGAAUAUCCUCAAGCAACAAUUCCAACUAGAUAUUAUUGCUACUGUUUGAAAACCCAGGAUCCGCAGUUUGAUCCUUGGCUUGUUCCACAUUCUUGUGGUGCUAAAUGUGAAAAACUACUGCAACCAGAAUGCAAGCACACUUGUUUACUUCUAUGCCACCCAGGUCCUUGUCCUCCUUGCCCCCAAACGGUCUCAGUCACGUGCUUUUGCGCGAAAUCCCCUGUUGAAACUCGCCGUUGUAGCUCUCAAACAUGGUCUUGUGGAAAAAAGUGUUCAAAACUGUUGUCGUGCAAAGAACACAAGUGCGAAGUCACUUGCCAUUCUGGGGCUUGCCCACCAUGCCCGAAAAAGAGCUCUCAGAAGUGCCUUUGUGGCUCAAAGAAAGAAGAAAGACCCUGCCACUCUAUUGAAUUUCAGUGUGACAAGGUCUGCGGAAAGAUGUUGGAUUGCAGACAUCACAAAUGUGAAACAGUCUGCCACCCUGGGAAAUGCGCAACCUGCCCCCUAGCGUUGCCGCGUACUUGCCCAUGUGGAAAAAAGGCCGUUACAGUGGCGUGCACAGUAGAGGUCGGUGGAUGCGGUGAUACUUGCGGGAAACUGCUCGAAUGCGGCAUUCAUGAAUGCGCUGAGAGAUGUCAUAAAGGAAAAUGUGGAACCUGUUGGCAAAUGCGAGUUCAGUCCUGCCGAUGCGGUUUGAAAAAGAAAGAACUUCCGUGCUAUAAAGAAUUUCAAUGCGAGACUAAAUGCAAGCACAUCAAAGACUGCAGGCGUCAUCCUUGCAACCGCAAAUGCUGCACCGGUACUUGUCCUCCGUGCGAUCAGAUUUGCAACAGGCCACUUGGUUGCAAGAACCACAAGUGCGUGAGUAGAUGUCAUCAAGGCCCUUGCUACCCUUGCGAUUUGACAGUUGACAUUACUUGCUCUUGCGGUCGAACCAAGAUAACAGUUCCUUGCGGGCGCGAGAAACAUACGAAACCUCCCAAGUGUUCGCUUACCUGCACGAAGCCACCUGAUUGCCACCACGAAAGUCGCACUAAACAUAUUUGCCACUCCGGAGGUUGCCCACCUUGCAAACAACCUUGUUUGAAGGUUUCGGAACGAUGCGGGCACAUAUGUAAAGCUCCGUGUCAUACGUCAGUGUUGGUCCAAAUUUCUGCUCCGACACAGCAGAGAGCUGGUCCGUGGGAGCCCAAACAAGCACCGAAAAUGGAAAUUAAAAAGCUACCGUGCCCUCCUUGCCCUGUCCCGGUACCAGUAACUUGCUUGGGAGAACAUGAAACGGCCGAUUGGCCGUGCCAUUUGUCCGCACCCUCGUCUUGUGGCCGACCCUGUGGGCGUGAGCUCUAUUGUACCAACCAUACCUGUAUGAAACCGUGCCAUGCGGUAGCAACGAAUCCAAGGAAUUGCCAACUAUGCGAGGAGCUUUGUUCGAAAAAUCGACCCGAGGGCUGCACCCACCCGUGUGCACGGAAAUGUCACCCUGGCCCUUGUCCGACUUGCACCAAACUGAUUAAGCACAGCUGCCACUGUGGACUUAACCCGCAACUGAUUCGCUGUAAUGAGUUGAGCGACUCUAUCGCUCCCGGUAGCCUUCCCAGCCGAGAACAACUGCUCAGCUGCAAAGACCGUUGCCCUAAAUUAUUGCCUUGCAAACACCGUUGUCCGGUUUCGUGCCACUCGGGUGAAUGCGCCUCUCAACUGGAUUGCGUCACGACCGUUCAUGUGAGCUGCCCCUGUAGGCGAAUUAAAAAGGCCGUGGCGUGCAACCUUCUUUCCAAGCAGGCGGCCGUUUCUUGCGACGACAUCUGCCGUCGAAAGAAAGACCAGGAGCUCAAGCUGAAGGAGGAAAAGGAGCGGGUCCAGCGCGAAGAAGAAGAGCGCCGGAAUCGAAUCGAGUUGGAGCAAUUCCAGAGAAAGUUCGACAAACGGCGCAACAAGGAUCGCCGACGUCCCGAUGAGACCUCUGCUCCACCCUCUCGUCCCAUUCAACUCUACGUCGCGGUUGUUGCUGGACUACUGGUGGCCAUCGUAAUGGGUUUCAUGUGGUCCCGGGUUUAAGGGGGGAUGUUUCGCCAUUAAUAUCAAUCAAUAUCGCUGGAAUGGGUGGGGCGUGGGGGGGGGGGGGCUUAUACAAAGGAAUGGAGAAGGCAAAUAAAUGGCAUUGCAAUCUUUA